AAAGAAAGAAGAUAAUUUAUUUAAGGGAACAUCAUAUAGUACCCAAAUUUUAAUGGGGUUUUUUGAUUUUGGGGAUUUUAGAAGAAGAUAAUAGAUAGUACAUAGUGGGGGGCUUUCUUCCAGAAAAGCACCAACAACCUCUCUCUCUCUCUCUCUCAACUCUGUUCUUGUGGCUCACCUAUAAAAACGGUCUCUCUUUUUUCUCUCUCACUCUUUAAAUUUGGGUCUUUUUUUUGCCACACAUAAAAAGCUCAUUUCUUUGGCUUUAAAUUAGGUUUAGGGUUAGAGAUUUAGGGUUUUCUGAUUUGGUACUAUUGUGUAAAUGGAGGGAGGAGAAAUUGGGGAGUUGCAGGACUGGGAGGUCCUCCACAGCGCCGGAGAAGAGGAGGAGGAGCGGGCCGCCGUGGUUGAAAGCCAUGGAAGCUUCUCGGCGAUUGAGGCUGACGCUGAGGGUAUGAUCAGGUCUGAUUAUUUCUCGUUGGAGAAUCAGGGGAGGUUUGUGUAUGCUAAGAGUGAGGAGAGCUCUGUUGAGUCGGAUAAUCCGAGCUGGAUUGACCCGGUUUCGGUGACUAGUUAUAAGGAACCGGGUGGGUUCUGGUCCGAUUCGGCUAGUGAUCGGUCCGAUGACCGGAAAAGCCAUGAUUUUGAGGUCAGAAAUGAGUUGGGUUUCGCCGGAAAUGAGGAAAGUCUUGUUCUUUCUGAGUCUGUAGGUGAUAAUUUGGGGAAAGCCAAAGUGGGUUACCAAGAAAUAGGGAAAGUUGGGAGCUUUGAUAAGGACAUGGAUAAGUUCUGGUCUGAUUCCGGCGGAGAAAGCUCGGUUUCUGUGAAAUUUGACAAGGAGGGCGGUUCGAGUGACUCGAACAAGGACUCAGGAGAGGAAGAAGCAGCUGAGACUCAAAGUGUUGCAGUGGAAGAAGUGAAAGCCGUGGCGAAAUCGGGUGGUGAGGGGGAGAAGAGGAUGGUGUUGUGGUGGAAGGUACCACUGGAAGUGUUGAAGUACUGUGUUUUUAAGGUGAGCCCUGUUUGGUCUUUCUCUGUGGCCGCAGCGGUGAUGGGUUUAGUUAUCUUGGGGAGGAGAUUGUAUAGGAUGAAGCGGAGGAGGCAGAGCUUGCAACUCAAAGUUGCUCUAGAUGAUAAGGUAUCUCAAUUCAUGACUCGUGCUGUGCGUCUCAAUGAAGCAUUUUCAGUUGUGAGGCGGGUACCUAUGUUACGACCUUCACUGCCGGCUGCUGGGGUUAAUCCAUGGCCUGUGAUGAGUUUGAGAUAAACAAUUCUUCUUGUGAAAUAUAUAGAAAAAGAAAGGAUCUUGUCCUUGAUCAGGGCUGAAAGACUAAGUUCUUGUGCCUUGCUUUAUAUUUAACAAAAUGUGGCUGCUUUGUGUAUGAACUUUAAGUUAAGAACCUUCUGUAUCAGUCUGUAAAAUACAGACCUGGUACAAACACUUUCAAGUUCUUUUAGUUUGUGUUGCCUUUGUAUGCUAUCUCUAUCUCAUUCUGAAUGGGUGAUGUACUUUUCAAAGUUUCGUACUGGAAAUUCACGUGCCAAAAUGCAGUUGAACAGUUUGGUAUGGUUCUAUCAUAGAA